CCAUGGCAGCCUGCAACACGAACAUUCUAAAACUAGUCUCUAUCAUCUUCUUCCUCACAUCUUUCUUCUCCACCGGAACCCUAGCGCAGUGCAAGGAAGAAACCAACAACUCCUGCAACAAUAAAACCAAAGCUCUGCCAUUAAAACUCAUUGGCAUUGCUUCAAUCCUCAUCACCAGCAUCAUCGGAGUCUCUCUCCCUCUUGUCACCCGCUCUGUUCCCGCCCUCAGCCCUGACCGAAGCCUUUUCAUCAUCAUCAAAGCUUUCGCCUCCGGCAUCAUUCUGGCCACCGGAUUCAUGCACGUCUUGCCGGAUUCUUUCGGCAUGUUGAGGUCCAGUUGCUUGGCUGAGAACCCAUGGCACAAGUUCCCGUUCACGGGGUUUGUUGCUAUGUUGUCUGCGGUUUUCACACUCAUGGUGGAUUCCAUGGCUACCAGUAUGUAUACUAAGACGAAUAACUCAGUCUCGGCCGAAGCUGAUAAGGUGGUAGUUGCCGGUGACCAUGAGAUGCCGGUGGUGGAGAGUGGCGGUGGACAUUUCCAUGGACACCACCAACAUGGACAAAGGGGCUCAAUCGGAACACAACUGCUACGGUAUCGCGUUGUUGCCAUGGUACUCGAGCUUGGAAUAGUGGUCCACUCGAUAAUAAUCGGGUUAGGUGUUGGAGCUUCGAAUGACAUUUGCACCAUCAAACCAUUGGUUGUAGCCCUUUGUUUCCACCAGCUGUUUGAAGGCAUGGGCCUUGGUGGUUGCAUCCUUCAGGCCGAAUACAAAACGAUGAAGAAACUCGUUAUGGUAUUUUUCUUCUCAAUGACGACUCCUUUUGGGAUUGCAUUGGGGAUCGGGUUGUCGAAUACAUACAAAGAGAAUAGCCCAAGCUCAUUAAUCGUUGUGGGGCUGCUUAAUGCUUCCUCAGCUGGUCUCCUCAUCUACAUGGCUUUGGUGGAUCUUCUUGCGUCUGAUUUUAUGGGUCCGAAGCUACAAGGGAGCAUUAAGCUCCAAAUUAAGUCGUAUGUUGCAGUGUUUCUUGGAGCUGGAGGCAUGUCUGUAAUGGCGAAAUGGGCUUAA